AUGACUACCGAAGGAUACGACCCCGAAUGGCUGGAGCUCGAGGCUUCUCUCGGAAAGCGCCCUGUUCUUACCGGUGACGUCCACUCCAUCAUCUCGCAGUACAACAGCCUAGGCGCCGUCCUGGGAGAGCAGUGGGGGCCUCCCUCUGCCGCGGUGCAAGCUCACGACGAGAAGAUCAACGAGCACGUCACCGUCCGCAUCUACACCCCCACCGACCCCAACCCGGCCGGCCAGAAACUCCCCGUCGGCGUGUAUUAUCACGGUGGAGGCUACAUCAGCGGCAACCUGGACUUUGAGGACGCCAUCUGCCGGUUCAUCGCCGAGCAGACGCCGUGCAUCCUCGUCAGUGUCGACUAUCGGCUGGCGCCCAAGUACAAGCUCCCGACUGGGAUCGACGACAGCUACGAUGCGUAUCUCUGGGCCCACGAAAACGCCGCCAGGCUGAACGGCAACCCUGACGCCUUCUUCGCCAUCGGGGGCUCGGCUGGUGGCGGACUCGCGCUCGCGGUCACGGACAAGCUCGUGCGGAACGGCCAGCGACAUCUCAUCCAGGGCACUGUCGCCAUGAACCCCAUUACCUCGCACAUGGACAAUCCGCCAGCCAAGUACAAGCACCUGUACAAGUCGUACACGGAGAACGCGGUGGACGUCCCUCUCAUCGACCGCCAUUGCAUGGAUGUAGCGUUUGAAAGUGCCGGCGCCCAACCCACCGACGCCACCGUUUUCGUCGCCAUCUCGCCGCAUCUCGCGUCCUACCCGCCCGUCUACCUCGUCACCUGCGAAAAGGACAUCCUCCGGGACGACGGCAUCGUGCUGGAGCACGCGCUGAAAGACGCGGGCGUCAAGGUGAAACGAGACCAUUACAUGGGGUUCCCGCACUACUUUUUCGUCUUUCCGUCCUUGAAGACGGGACGGACGUUUGGGGCGAAUGUGGUCAAGGGGAUUAAGUUUGUGCUUGGAACUGAAUAG